AUGAAAACUGAGAGUUUGAAAGCCAUAACGCUAGGCAAAAAGUUGUCAAUGCUUGGAGAUGAUUUUGAAGACCAUAUGAAAGAAAUCAAUGGAUGUAAUACUAUGAGACAUGUACGACAUGGGACAAAUAAUCAACUUCAUAUCCACCGAAAUGAUCAGGAUGGUGAAACAGAGAUGAUGUCAGUAAUUCGUCGAGUUAAUUGGUUAAAUUGGAUUCAGUCUUUUCUUCGCUAGAAAACAGAAUAUUCAGAAUACCGACGCAUAAAAACAUCUGAUGAAGCAUCGUAAAUACUUGAUUUAUAUCUAUGGAAGCAGCUACAGACACGGGAAAAAAGGAACUGCGUGCGAUGGAGAAUUUAAUUAACUUCCUGAGAAAAUGUAUUCCGAGGAUUCAUAUACAAUCCGGAGGAUGUAAAUGACUCCUAACUAGUGAUACUUAUUGAGAUGAAAUAAUAGGCUAACGUUAAGCCUACACUCCAUUUUGUAAUGACUAGAAGAAAACAACUUUUUGGACAUUUUAAAAAGUC